AUGGCUGGUAAUUUGUCUAACAUUCAAAGUAAUUUACAAUCGCUUUCAAUCAAUGGUGAAUGGUCGUGUUCAAAAUGUUCUUUUAAUAAUCCAUUGAUGGCUUAUCCAUGUUGUCAAAUGUGUGAACAAGUAGAUUCUCAUUUUGGACCAGGAUUCUCAAUCACCACUCAAUCAAUACCAACUUGGGAAUGUCCCCGAUGUACAUUAAAAAAUCUAACUAUUAGUGAACAAUGUACAGCAUGUGGCAAAUCAAAAUCUAUAUCAAAUAAAAAUGAAACCACUCUAGUCAACUCAUCAACAAGUUUAUCACAAACAUGUACAUCACUAUCUGUUCGUAAUCGUCGUCAUAGGGAUGAAUCUGAUGCUGAAAAUAUCUUUCAACAUAUAAUUACAUAUUGUAUAGAGAAUAAAAUUCAUUUUGUCGACGAUCAGUUUGUACCAUCCGAUCGAUCUAUUGGAACAGGAUCCUUUGACAAUAUUUCACAAUGGUUACGAAUAUCAGAUGUUGCUCCAUUACCUGAUGAUCCUCCUAAUCUACCAUGGACAAUCUUUUCUUCACCUCAACCAAGUGAUAUUCAACAAGGAGCUUUAGGUAAUUGUUGGUUAAUUGCUGCAUUAGCUCUGAUCUCUGAACGACCUCGUCUUCUCGAACAUAUUCUUCUUACAAAACAAAUCAAUUCUCAAGGUGUCUAUCUUGUACGUAUUUGUCAUAAUGGUUUAUGGAAAACUAUUAUUGUCGAUGAUUGUUUUCCAUGUACAAAACAUAAACGUCUUGUAUUUACACAAGCUAAACGUCGUCAAUUAUAUGUUCCACUGAUUGAAAAAGCAUGUGCAAAACUGUUUGGUUCUUAUAGUAGUUUGAAAAGUGGUAAUAUGCUGGAAGGUCUUCAACUAUUAACUGGUGCCGCCUGUGAUCAUAUUAAUCUUAAACCAUCUAAGCAUCCACUUGAAAGUGAUAUUGUCUGGGUAAAACUGUUAUCUGCUUGUGAAUCAAAAUUAUUAAUUGGAACAUCAACAAGUGGAACUAAUGUAAAUCGAGAUGAAUAUGCUGCUGUUCACAUUAAUAGCAAUCAUGCAUUUUCGAUCCUUGCAGCUCAUGCUCUUGUUAAUGAUACUUCACGAUUUGUACUCGUUCGUGAUCCACAUUCACGUUCACGUUAUACCGAAGACCUUAUUACUAAACCUAUUCUCGAACAGUUACGUAAAGUUAAUCCUACACAUCGAUCUACUGGUGCUUUUUGGAUAUCAUGGUCUCGAUUUCUUCAUUUUUUUGAAUCAAUAACCAUUUCAACUUAUAAUAGUAAUCAUUUUGAUAUACGUCAACAGGGGCAAUUUACUCAAUCGUCAACAGAAGUUAUUAAAAGUUAUUUUUUUGAUGUGCCACAAACAUCUUCCAUAAAUAUAAGUCUGUUAUAUCAUCGUCAUAACCGAAAAGCACGUAGUUAUCAUACUCAGUCAUUUGUUCUGUGUGAUAUAGAGAAAUCAGCGUCAAUUACUGUUGUUGGUAAACAUUAUAGCAAAUUAAUAUCUAAACGCGAACGAUUUACAUACUGGGAAGGAUCGUUACGUGCUGGUUCUUAUGUACUUAUACCUUUUACUACUAGUUUCUGGGGAAUAAAUGAAAAACAUCGAGAUUAUACAGUUGUUAUUCAUUCUAGUGUUCAGCUUGAUUUAGAAACUGAAAAUAAACGACCAACAUUUCUAGCUGAUUGUCUUAUUGCAGCUGUUAUGAAAGGUUCCAAUAAGAAAGAGAAAGCAAAGGAAGCUGCGUUUUAUACGCCAUCGAAAGAUUCAGCAAUGGUAGUAUUUAUCGCUGAGAAUUUGUCAACAAAAAAUUUUCUCAGUGUUGAAGUCAAUAUGAACAUUGCAAGAUGUAUUCAUCAUUCUCGUUGCUCUCAACUUCCUUACAAUACUCAUGAUUAUAUUCCACCACGAUAUCGUCAAGUGAUAUUUAUUACAGAAUGGGCUCAUAAACAUAAUGAAUCGGCUCAAUUAAGUUAUUCAUAUUUGCAUAGAUUUAGCACCCAAACAAGUGAUUCGAUACCAACAAUCAAUACCUUUAAACAUGAUCUUCAUUCACCACGAGCGUUUUAA